AUGCCUAUUCUUCUCCCAACCUCUUCCUUUAAAACCACAGCCACCGUAAUCAUCGCCGGCGUUUUCUCUCUCGCGACGGCGGUGAUUCUCACCGUUCCUUCGGUUUCGCAUUUGGUCGCGUCUUGCUUCCCGAUCAUUUACGAUAACACCGUCUUCCUCCUUAAACCGCCGUAUCUUUAUUUAGUCAUCAACUGUAUCAUCGUCUCCAUCUUAGCUACAUCUAAGCUCACGCAUAAAUCGUCUUCUGAUUCUGGUUUCUCCGAGGUAGUUACGCCGAUAACUGUAGUACCGGUACCUACUGAUAUCGACACCGGUUAUUUAAACCUGGUUCAUGUCGCUUCUGAUUAUACCGGAUUUGUGGCGAAUGAUGCGCCGGUUUAUCCACCGGUGGAAGAUGUCAGGAAAAUUACCGAAGUCGUCAGUGAUGAUAAGCUGACGACAGUCGAUAAAGGAGAAGAUCGGCAGACAGAGACGGAGAAGCCAAUAAUACCGAGCAGCGAUUCGCCGGAGAUUACGAUUCGAAAGCAUUCGAGGAAACCGCCGAGAUUCGGCCAGUCAAAAUCGCUCAAAGCCAGUCCAGAAGGUGGUGGUGGAAAUAAAAAGUCGGCGUUGCGAGUGUCAAAGCCACCGAGGAGGCAAGACACGCUGGAGACGACGUGGAAGAAGAUAACGGAAGGACGUUCGGCGCCGUUAACCAAGCACUUGACUAAAUCCGACACGUGGCAAGAAAGGACUCACGUCCAAAACUCAUCGGAGAAGGGGGAGUUGACCAAGUCCGAGAACUUGAAUGACGUAAAUACCCCUACGGAAGAGACGCAGAAAACGCGUCUGAAACGCGAGGCGUCACCGGGGCAGGAAGAGCUGAAUCGGCGUGUGGAAGCGUUUAUUAAAAAGUUCAAUGAAGAGAUGAGACUGCAGAGACUGGAGUCUUUGGCCAAGUAUAACGAAAUGGUAAAUGGAGGGACUCGUUUGUAA